ACCGUGGCCCCGCCCUCGGUCGUACCUGUCUCGCUGUGAGAGGCUGACGGCUCUUCCUGCUCCGCGCGCAGCUCCCGCCCCUCAUCCAGCUCCAAGGAAGGAAGGAGGAACUGCUCGAGCUCCAUGUGACUCUUCUGCUGCAGAGCCGAGCUGCUAUGUGACUCCGCGGGAUCAUUUAGAUGGUUUUGCGGUUGGUUUGAAAGUUUGCCAUUACAGCUGGAAUUUUAGGGGGAGGGGGGCACGUGGUGCAAGUGGGUUGGGAAGAGGAGCGUGGCAGUGAAGAAGGGAAGAAAACGGGGUGAGGGGGGGGGCUACGCUCCGCUCCGCGGGGCUGACGUAGAAUAUGGCGGAGCAUCACCCGGUUUCCGACAACAAACACAGAUCCUCGCUGAACUCCGGAGCGUCGUACUCGGGGAAUGGACGCAGCAGCACGGCGGUGACGGAGAGAGGCAGCGACGCCGGGCAGGAAGAGGAAGGAGGAGGAGGAGGGGGUGGAGGAGCAGGUCUGUCCGGCGGCCUGUCGCAGCCGGCCGGGUGGCAGUCCCUGCUGUCUUUCACCAUCCUGUUCCUGGCCUGGCUGGCCGGGUUCAGCGCCCGGCUCUUCGCUGUCAUCCGCUUCGAGAGCAUCAUUCACGAGUUUGACCCCUGGUUCAACUACAGGGCAACUCACCACCUCACCACCAAUGGCUUCUACGAGUUCCUCAACUGGUUUGACGAAAGAGCCUGGUACCCUCUGGGUAGGAUAGUCGGGGGCACGGUGUACCCAGGCCUGAUGGUCACGGCGGGCCUCAUCCACUAUGUGCUCAACCUGCUGCACAUCACCGUCCACAUCCGGGACGUGUGUGUGUUCCUGGCGCCGGUGUUCAGCGGCCUGACCUCCAUCUCCACCUUCCUGCUCACGAGGGAGCUGUGGAACCAGGGGGCGGGGCUGCUGGCGGCCUGCUUCAUCGCCAUCGUGCCCGGCUACAUCUCCCGCUCCGUGGCCGGAUCCUUUGACAACGAGGGCAUCGCCAUCUUCGCCCUGCAGUUCACCUACUACCUCUGGGUGAAGUCGGUGAAGACGGGAUCUGUCUUCUGGUCCAUCGGAUGCUGCCUCUCGUAUUUCUACAUGGUGUCAGCUUGGGGCGGUUACGUGUUCAUCAUCAACCUUAUUCCCCUUCAUGUAUUUGUCCUGCUUCUCAUGCAGCGCUUCAGUCGGAGGGUCUACAUAGCCUACAGCACCUUCUACAUCAUCGGCCUGGUCCUGUCCAUGCAGAUCCCCUUCGUAGGCUUUCAGCCAAUCAGGACCAGUGAACACAUGGCUGCAGCAGGGGUGUUUGUGCUGCUUCAGGUCUACGCCUUCCUGCAGUACCUGAAGGACCGGCUGACCAGGCAGGAGUUCCAAACUCUGUUCUUCCUGGGAGUCUCUCUGGCUGCCGGAGUGGUGUUCCUCUCCGUCAUCUAUCUGACAUACACAGGGUACAUCGCUCCGUGGAGUGGGCGCUUCUACUCCCUCUGGGAUACUGGCUAUGCUAAGAUCCACAUCCCCAUUAUAGCAUCGGUCUCUGAGCACCAGCCCACCACCUGGGUGUCCUUCUUCUUCGACCUUCACAUCCUCGUCUGCACCUUCCCAGCAGGCCUCUGGUUCUGCAUCAAGAACAUCAACGACGAACGCGUCUUCGUGGCCCUGUAUGCCAUCAGCGCUGUUUACUUUGCUGGCGUGAUGGUGCGCCUGAUGCUGACUCUGACUCCGGUGGUGUGCAUGCUGUCGGCGGUGGCCUUCUCCAGCGUCUUCGAGCACUACCUGGGAGACGACAUGAAGAGGCAGAGCCUGCCCGCCGAGGACAGCAGCGACGAAGACGACCGGAAGAACGCCGGCAACCUCUACGACAAGGCCGGUAAGGUACGCAAACACGUGUCGGAGCAGGAGAAGGCCGAGGAGGGCCUGGGCCCCAACAUCAAGUCCAUCGUCACCAUGCUGAUGCUGAUGCUGCUCAUGAUGUUUGCCGUCCACUGCACCUGGGUCACCAGCAACGCCUACUCCAGCCCCAGUGUGGUACUGGCGUCAUACAACAACGACGGCUCCCGUAACAUCCUAGACGACUUCAGGGAGGCCUACUACUGGCUGAGGCAGAACACGGACGAGCAUGCCAGAGUGAUGUCCUGGUGGGACUACGGCUACCAGAUAGCGGGCAUGGCCAACAGAACCACGCUGGUGGACAACAACACGUGGAACAACAGUCACAUAGCGCUGGUGGGCAAAGCCAUGUCAUCGAACGAGACCGCGGCCUAUGACAUCAUGAGGUCGCUGGACGUCGACUACGUCCUGAUCAUCUUCGGCGGAGUGAUCGGCUACUCGGGAGACGACAUCAACAAGUUCCUGUGGAUGGUGCGCAUCGCAGAGGGGGAGCACCCCCGGGACAUCAGGGAAAGUGACUACUUUACACCACAGGGAGAGUUCAGAGUGGACAAAGCUGGUUCCCCGACGCUACUCAACUGCCUUAUGUACAAGAUGUCUUACUACCGCUUUGGAGAAAUGCAGCUGGACUUCCGGACGCCGCCGGGCUUCGACCGGACGCGCAACGCCGAGAUCGGCAACAAGGACAUCAAGCUGAAGCACCUGGAGGAAGCCUUCACCUCGGAGCACUGGCUGGUCAGGAUUUAUAAGGUGAAAAAGCAGGAGAACAGGGAGCGCGUGGAGCACAAGCUGCGAGGCGCCGACACCACCAAGCAGAAGUACACCUCCAAAAAGACGGCCAAGAGGAAGCGGGGCUACAUCAGGAACAAGCUCUCCCUCAAGAAGGGCAAGAAACUGACCCGGGGAUCUUUGUAGGGGUCACGCGCUGUGGGACGGAGAGGAGACCAAAACAUCUUAAAACACAAAAAAAUUUAAAAAAAGCAAAAAAAUAAAAAGCAGCAACAAUUCAAUCCACCGAUGGAGUUGAACACAGAGCAGCAGAGGUCAUCCAGGCUGGAAGAGAAUGUGUCCAACCCCCAGCUGACCUUUGACCUGAUGAGUGUGGUCAAGGUGAGACGUUGGCUAGUCCGAGAUCCACCCCUAACUGUGACCUUUGACCCGUUUUUCUUUUUGUACAUGAAUGUGCUCGGAGAUGGAGAGAAUUGAACCGUCCUUAAUCUGCUACAGAAUGAACCCCCCCACAGGGGGCCGACAGGAACCAGACAGCAGGGUGCACGUACACGUGCGCCAACAAGGAGAAGCCAUCCCUCGUCCUACGACUGCACACCAUAAGGUGGACACUUCGUGUUUAUUGCAACUUGGUCCUUUUUUUCUCUCCUCUUGUGUUUGCAGUUUCUUUCAGAAAAGAAACCAAACAUUUUACUCUGUGAGAAACGCAGGUAGUUCAGCGACUUCCUGUUUCAAAUUGAAUCUACUGUAUUUGGCGUAGCUGUUGUUCCUCCACUGAAGGAAUGUUUUCAGUUUGUUUCUUUUCUUAAUUAAAGUCCAGCAGCUCGUCUCAAGAGAACCAUUUCAAAUCCAAAUUGCCCAAAAAUUGAGCAGCAGAGUGGACGAGUAGUUUUAGUUUGGGUCAUGCUGGAUGAACAGGAAGUCCUCUUCCCUCCCGUCACUGACACCAGACCAGUGUUCCUCCCCUCAGACUAUUCUGGUCUUAACUGGGAGAAAGACUCAAGUUGUACCAUUUAAUCCGUCUCAUUCGUACAAUGUCGACCCGCACUGAAACUACGAGAGGCCGCCGGUGUGCAGGUGCCUCAACACAUAUCUCAUAUCAAAGAGGCCACAAACCCCCGAGUCUGCACUUUAGCAGCUGCUGGACUGUGUCGCUCACACAGUCCAGCAGAACCCGUCUCAAUGUAACAGGACGUGUGCGUUGCUGAGCUCCAGGUGAGACACGGAGCAGUGAAAUGCAUGUGUGUGCAUUUAUUCAUAUUUAACGAUCACUCUGGCUGCAGGCGAAUUGCACUGGAGUCGCUACCUUUCUGUUCUGUCAUCAUUAACAAAAGCUACAAAACAUUUAGAGUUUAGAACUCAUUUGUUCCAUUUUAAAACCGCCCAGCACCAUUUAAAGCUCUUCCAGUUUGAAACGCUGAAUGGAAAGCAGUGGAGACCGGAGCAGUAGCGCUUUAGUUCGGUCAUAAUGUCUUCUUUUUCUUUUCAUACAACACAAGUCAUCUGUUAUUUGUAAUUUGGUGCCCAUGGAAACGGUUUCUUCUAAAUCAUCUUUAAUUCUCAUUUCUUGGCGAUAUCCCAAGAAACCACUUUGAUUCUGUUGAGAGGUAAACUCGAGCAGAACCUGGAGGAGAGGAUCGCCUUCACAGGAAAAAAGCAGUGUAUGAUUUCCAGAGCGUGCAUUUAUGACCUGGACGAUGGGGCUGCAGCGUCCGAUCUCCAAAAUGCAUCCUGUCCUUUUUGAUAAGUCGAGGUUUCUUCCAUCAAUUGUAAUGAUUUGGAUGCAGGUGAGAAUGAAACAUGCCCUUUUCUGAAUAAAGAGGUUGAAAUGA